AUGAAAUGUAACUUGGGCUAUUCAUUUCCACCUCGGUUUCAUCACGUUUUCCGCCAUCGCAAUUCGCACAACCCCAACGAAAGUUGCAAUACAAUCGCCACCACAAGGUUAAGUAUCGCUUCAACAACAUUAGCUUCGGUACAGGAUUCUUCUACCAAAAUUGGAUUUUGCAGGAUUCCAACUAACAAGACAUCGUUAUUUGGUUCUGGAGUUGGAGCCCUAAAGGUUACAAUACGACUAGAUCACCCUAGAAAUACAAGAUGUUAUGGGAUCCGCAUGAAUCUUUUUGAUCGUUUUGCACGAAUUGUCAAGUCCUAUGCAAAUGCACUUGUUAGCACCUUUGAAGAUCCAGAAAAGAUCUUAGAGCAAGCUGUUAUUGAAAUGAAUGAUGAUCUUAUAAAGAUGCGUCAAGCUACAGCCCAAGUUUUGGCAUCUCAAAAGCGGUUGGAGAACAAAUAUAAAGCUGCUGAGCAAGCUUCUCAAGACUGGUAUAAAAGAGCACAACUUGCUCUUAGUAAGGGAGAUGAAGAUCUUGCACGUGAAGCUUUAAAGAGGCGUAAAUCUUAUGCUGACAAUGCAGCUUCUUUGAGGACUCAACUUGAUCAGCAGAAAGGUGUUGUGGAAAAUCUCGUGAAUAAUACUCGGAUUCUAGAAAGCAAGAUACAAGAGGCUAAGUCAAAGAAAGAUACUCUCAAAGCACGUGCACAGUCAGCAAAGUUUUUUGCAAUGCUGGAGAGCUCAUCAGUUGAUGAUGAUCUUGCAAGCUUAAAGAAGGAACUAUCUGGAACCACAAAGAAAGGAGAGCUUCCACCAGGGAGAACAACAACGGUUUCCAACUCAAAAGCAGCAUAUCCAUUUCCAGAUGUUGAAAUAGAGAAAGAGCUGAAUGAAUUAAGACAAAGAACUAGGGACCUAUAGAAUCAACAUUACCUCAUCAUCAACUUCAUAUUUUGUUUGGAAAAUGGUUACUCUAACUUUAUUAAAUUCCAAUGUUACCCUUUGUCAAAAUUAAAACUAUAUAUCUUAGUGUGCGAC